GUGCCCAUAAGGCCCAUUCGAAGUAUACUUACGAGAGCGCGCGAGGCCUAGCCUGGCUAAGCUGAGCUAAGCGAGCGAGCGAAGCGGUCGACCGAUCGAGCGAACCAAGUGGGACCGUAGAAAAUAAUUGGAGGUGGGGGCUGAUUCAAGAAUCGACGUGGACACCCUCGCCUUCCAAAGUCAUUCACCUAACGGUCAUCGUCGCGUCAAGAAUCUUCUUUUUCUUCUUCUUCUUCUUCCUUCCUUCCUCUUCUUCUCCUCGUUCUUUUCCUUCCGUUAUCCGGCUGGCCCAAAGGGAUUCCCUGAUCGCGCGGCAUAGUUGAAUCUUUUCCUCCGAGCAUCGGCAAAGUGGACUUGUUUUCGCUUCGAUCGAACCAAGUGACAGCAGUGAGAAAAGAGACUGUUAUCAGUUUUGCUUGGUUCCUUUCUGGACAUCUGUGUGACCAGCCGUUUGAUGGAACAGUGGGAAGUGUCGAGAAGGAUUCGAUGUGUUUAUCAGUGAACUGAAUCGAGGAGUUUCGAGGUAGCCGACGGUAUCCGGUGACUACGAUCGGAGUGACCAGUGCCGCGGAUAUAUUAUUCGCAACGUUAUGGUGACAGAGUGCCGGAUGCUGUGGGGUACAAAUUGAGAAACGGACCACCGUUGAUGAUCCACGUGAACCAUUGAAACCUCGUCGCAUUUAAGAUGAAUCAACAGUGCAAGGUGUGCGGCGAACCCGCGGCCGGCUUCCAUUUUGGUGCAUUCACCUGCGAGGGUUGCAAGUCGUUCUUUGGGAGAUCAUACAACAACCUGAGCAGCAUUUCCGAGUGCAAGAACGGAGGCGAGUGUGUCAUCAACAAGAAGAACCGAACCGCCUGCAAGGCUUGCCGUCUACGAAAAUGCUUGCUGGUAGGCAUGUCGAAAUCGGGCUCGCGUUACGGACGCAGAUCGAACUGGUUCAAAAUUCACUGUCUACUUCAAGAACAACAGCAGCAACAACAACAACAGCAACACCAUUACCAACAGAAUCUCCCCAGUCAACAACUAGCGCAACAACAACGAAAACCUAUGAGCCCACCUAUCGGCAUCCAUCCGGGUCAACGAAAGGACGACGUUCUGAUGCUAGGUCUGGAUGACUACAAAAAUUCAACAUCGCCCAGUAUCAGUUCUCCAGAAUCGCAUAACAGCGACAGUUCUGUAGAGAUAUCCGAGAGACGAGCCGCUUUCUCGGGUCAUCCAGGAUUCAGACCACUGCAUUCUCACCUGCAGCCCUCUGUGGCUGAACUGUCCGCGCUCAGCAAAGAGAUGAUGAGCCUACCACUUGGUUUCCAUCUUGGUGGCAUGUCUCUGAUACCACCAGCUUUUCUGCCACCACCGAGCUUAACAAUGUUCUCUCCGUAUCAUUUGUACGCGACCUCCCACGGGGCUUCCCAUCCGUUGGUACCUAACCAUUCGUCUAACCUACUUCGGCAUUCGCCCGUGAUCGAGGAUUGCACCGGUGCAACCACCACCGCGGCUACUACCGCCACAACCACCACCACUACCAUCAGCAUCGACACCAAGGAUCCAUGCGGGAAGAACAACAAUAAUAACAACGACACAUACGCGCAUAAUCAUAACGUACAACCGUCGAGACGAAGCGCCUCCCCUAAUCAAGAAAUAGGAGAGACUUAUAACAAACGAUUCUACCUUGACGCUGUGUUGAAGAGCCAACGAACACGCGUCGCGGGUUCUCCAGUAGGGUCUGUGAAGCAACGUUCGGAGGACGGUUCUCCAGUUUGCAGUCCAAAACCGGAGACCGAUUGUCCACCCCCGCAGGACAAUCCUAUAGACCUGUCCAUGAAGUCUACUUUGACUGCUACGAGCGAGGAGAACGAGGAUGACGAGAUAGACAUGGAGAGCGUGAGCGACAGAGACAGUCCUCCUGUCAAGAAGAAACCAGCACCCAUAGAUCUGACAACGAAAUCCUAGGAGGUUCAGUUGGGUUCGUAGGUGAAACUGAAGUUCGCUCGAGGCGCGAUGAAUCGCGUCCGUGUCUAUUUACCGCGAAGACAAGACGGUCUGGCUUGGAGCGUGGAAAGUGGUUAACCUGUUGCCAAAUACGGCGUGUGAGAAAGGGACGCGAGACGUCGUAAUCAAUUACGUUCCCGUUUUACCCCUCGAUCAUCAGUUGACCGUUCGAGCGAGAUUCUUCGAAUUACGUUUAAUUGCCUUCCAGAUGGUGGCGAGGAAUUACCGGAUCGACCUGAUCGUUCCCGCGCCGCGGAGACAAAUCAUUCGCGCCGGAAUCGUUAAACGCGAUUCGCGAACUGGUAAUCUCGGAUAAAUAUCCGUGGGCCCGGUUGCUUGGAAGAAUGAAGGAUUAACGUCUCAAUUCCUAGUAAUCAUUGCGCGGAUCGCGAGUCGCCGAUCGAUGGCUGGUUGCGCAAAAGCCAAUCGACUUUAACGAGAGUCCUCCGCUUUAAUUAACGAGCGGCAGCUCGCUCGCUCGCGCGGUAAUCAUGCGGGAGAGUGCGACGGAGAGUCGUUCGCGGAAGCAGGAGGAGAGCAACCGUGGCCGGUGUGCAACCGUGGUGCAUCGCUUGAUAAACACGUCAAACUGCGGGGUGCACGUGUUCGAAACGUGCGUUACAAACCGGCGUACACGUGUAAGAACGUUGCCAACCGCUUUAUCUUACAAGUGUUCGACGCCUGCCAAUGUAAACGCCUCCGUCGCCGCGCCGCCGCCUCUUCCCUGCUUUUGUCCCGCGACUGUUUGCUCUCGCGGCCAGGAAUCUCCUUCGAUACGAGGAAUCGCGACCGACGACGGACCGUGUUCACUGGAAUCCAUGACGAAUCCCGGGAAUAUACGAAAUUUUCGGUGAAACGCGCCCUCGCGUCGCGAUCGAAGGUUUAAGCUCGGUAAAACGUGAUCCACCCUCCUCCCAAUACUUUUCGCGGACGUGAUCGUGACAAUUUCGUGACAACGAAUGAUACCAUGUAUUUAAUACGAGUGGAGCGUUCGAGAAAAGAGGAUCCAUCAUCAUGUACAUAGACUGUGUAAAUAUCGAAUGGAAACAUGUAUGUUCUUUCACGUUUACCAUGGAUCGUAAUGCGGAACGCGUUUCUUGUUACUUAAAUCAUUGUUAACGAUUUUUAUACACCUAAGUUUUGCAUUAGAUACACGUUGUCGAAGAUUCAUCGAAGUAGUCAAUAAAUGGCCAGUAUUUCGUUCUAAAGGAUAAUUUCGUUGAACGUAUUUAGGUAGCGUAUUUCGGACACGUGCAAUCAGAGGUCAAAGUUGGACUCUUUUCAUUUGAAUAUCGAAUAUGAUAUUUGACAAUAAUUUUGUAUUGACUCUCAAAGUAAUCUUAAGCCGUUCGAUAUAACUGCCAUUUGAAAUAAAUUAUAAUUCUAUUAAUAUUUCUUAAUCACCAUUCAAAUAAGAAGUGGUCAACUUUGAUACACGUAUUCUAUUUAAUUAGUUGCCUACUUGUACGCGGGCACAGUGUAACUUGAUUAAUAGCGAAAUAUCUCGAUUAGCAAAUAUAAGGCGGGGACACAAGUGUAAAUAAUAAGUAGGCGAGGUUUGCAAACGGGACCCGGGCCAGUAAGUACUUACUUGUAUAUAGCCAGUAGAUGAUAGAGACUAAUGAACUACAGUGUUCAAAUUAAUUGAAAGAUGUUACUAAACGAUUCAAGUAUAAAGUUAAAGAAUACCACGCGUAUCGUUUCAAACAUUGGUUACCAUAUUUAAAUAAAAAUCUAAUUGGUUACCAUAUUUAAAUAAACAUCUAAUUGGUUACCAUAUUUAAAUAAACAUCUAAUUGAUCUGAGUGAUGUAUUUUAUAAUUUUAAAGAAUUAUGUAAAUCAAUUGAUGCGACAUCUUUCGUCGAAAAAAUGAAUUACAAAUAGAAAUAUAUGAUACAUUUAAACCAUGCUAUUUCACAAGUAAAGUACAAAAUCCAUCGAAUCCCUGGGCCCUCUUAUUGUGUAAAUACAUAUAAAUUGUUCAAAAGAUAUGUGUUCGAAACUACUUACAUAGUUCUGCAUCUACGUCGGUGCUGUCAUCUAGGCUGGUCAACUUCUAUCAAUAUAGAUUGUCCAGCCCUUCCUUAGCGACGUUGAUCGAUCGACACUCGUCACGGUGAUAAUAGCAAGAACCUGCAAAGCAUUGACCAUUAAAUUGUAGAAUUAGGAAUUCCUUAGAGUUACAGUAAGCCACUCACUGCCAGGUCGAACUAGUUAACGAGUGAAAACUAGAGCGAGCUAUUGUACAGAAUUUUUAAAUUAACGAACAAAAUUGUUAAUAGAACGCGAUCGAUUGGAAAUUCGUUAAAAUAAUGAUUAAAGAAACAAUUUUUAUUUUAUUAUACUCGAUAUCAUGUAUCCACGGCAAUCGAUAACGUAUAAAUGGAUUUUUGGUGAUAACCGAUCAAUAAAGAUUUUACUUUUGUUAUAAAUUGUCGAUAUAAACAUUGCUGCGAUAACUUUUUAUAUUUUCGUAACGUUUCUGUAUCCUAACGAGAUUAUGCGAAAUAAACGAGUACGAACGUACAUGAGAUUCGAAAAAACGUUAAGAGCAAGGAUACGUAGUGCAUUAAGGAUACAGAAGAAAGAUGGCCGCGCUAACUCGCGACGCUUCAACAUGAAUAUUCAACAUGCACCAAGCAUAAAUUCUUUCGGUUCGAGAGUCCGUAUGCAUAUGCAGUUGACGAAGCUAUUCGCGCGACGAACAUUAAAGAUUUUCGUUCAAAUAUUAAUCGCUUUAGGCACGAUGAUGUUUUUAUAACUUCGUGAACCGUGUGUUUCGAACGAAACAAGCGCUCUUACGUGCAACACGCGGGAAAAAAAAUGCCAUGCGCAAAUGUACGGGCCUUUUCGCAAUAUUUCUGCACGACAAGCGCAAAUAUUACGUGCACCGGGUAAAAUGGUCAAUAUUCAAUCUUUAUUGUGUAACUUACCUGCAAACACGGCGUCUAUUCACGAAUAAAUAGUUAAUAACGACGAGCACUGGUUAACACUUCCACGCUUUUCGAAAACUACCGGAACACGUGGAAUGUGGAACAAUAAUGUGCAAACCGGAACAAUCGAAGCGGGAACAUUUAAAAUCAUUUUUUAAGCAUUUAUGUUCUACACUUAAGGAACAUAAUUUUGCAUCUUUACAAUCCUGAAAAAUUAUUACAUUUGAAAAAUGAUGGAAAACGAACAUUUUAUAUAAUUGAUUAAAAAGAAAGUGACAAAUCAAUAUUCACUUGCAUAGUAUGUAUAACCUAGAACUAAAAUACGUACUUACUUCGAAUUGUUAUGCACAUUAGUACUAGAACAAAAUUACAAUUUUAAUUGGCUAGAAGUAGAAUUUGUGCGACUUUAUUUAUCGAACAUACAUCCGUGUCAUCGGUGCCUUUGAUAACCUAAUACCUAUUCAGUAGUUCGCAUUUUUCCGUGGAUUUUCACAUUUCACGUUUACUUUCGAACGCGCCACUGUAAUACAGAUUAGAUUUCGAAGCCAUCUAUUCACAUAGUAAUUUAACACUUGGUUUAACAAGUUUCCUGAGAAUCGGCCUGUUCUCCAUAGUAUAUCAGAUACAUCCAUUAUGCGGAACACGAAACAUCGUUUGGCAUACUUUGAUUCCUGUCGAGA